AAUUUAAUAACAACAUUCAGAAUAUAUGAAAAAACUCAUGGGGAGAAAGAAUUGUACUGAUCUGGGUCUAAACAAAUGUCAAGGCUCCAUUCCCCACUUUCACGUGAAUCUCCAGUCUCUUAAGUGGAAAGCCAGCUGCUUCCCACCACACACGACAAGACACAGCACAACACAGCCUACCCUUUACUACUUCGCUCUUAACGCCCCCUCCUCCAAUGUCCGCCACUCAAAUAUGUUUAACAGAAUGAUCCUGCUUCUACAACUCUCUCUCCUCCUCCUCACUGUUCUCUCUGUACUCAUCUUCUCCGGUCACGUAUUGGCUGCGCCGUCGACGACUUCCCCGGCAGCAGAGAGCUUACUGCUUCCCUCUGAUGCCGUUUCGCUGCUCUCCUUCAAAUCUAAAGCCGACCUAGACAACCGCCUGCUAUACACGCUGAACGAACGCUUCGACUACUGCCAGUGGCAGGGCGUGAAAUGCACCCAAGGCCGAGUGGUCCGCUUCGGUCUCCAAGGCUUCGGUCUUCGGGGCGUCCUCCCCCCCAACACCUUGACUCGACUCGACCAGCUUCGAGUCCUCAUUCUCCGCAACAACUCACUUUUUGGUCCCAUUCCUGACCUCUCCGGUCUCUUCAACCUCAAGUCCCUCAUCUUGGAUCGCAACUACUUCUCCGGUUCUUUCCCUGCUUCGGUCCUACUCCUCCAUCGGCUUCGAGUGCUUGAACUCUCACAUAACAAUCUCACCGGUCCGAUACCGGCCUCAUUAUGCAUUUUGGAACGGCUCAGUUCCCUUCGGCUCGAGUCGAACCGUUUCAACGGGACAGUGCCUCCGCUGAACCAGUCAUAUCUUCAAAUCUUGAACGUGUCCGAGAAUAACCUCGAGGGACCGAUACCCGUCACGCCAACUCUCUCGCGCUUUGACGCGAAGUCGUUCCAAUCGAACCUCGGGCUCUGCGGCGAGAUCAUCAACAAGGUCUGCAAUGACUCACACUCUCCCUUCUUCGAAUCUCCCACUAAUGCUCCGCUCAACCAAAGCGCGCAAUCGCAGGAGGUUGUUGUUCUCUCUCCUACAUCUAAUUCAAGGAAGCUCAAGAGCAUUGCUCUUGUUUUGGGGUCUUUAAUCGGAGUCUCAGUCCUCAUUGCCUCUCUACUAUGCGUUUUUGGCUUGGUCAAGAAAAAGAGCAGCCAUGAAAAAGACCCACCGAAAAAAACAACGGAGUCUUUGGGAAGCGAACCCGGUUAUACUCCAAACCCUCCCACAGAAGCUCGACCCGAAGAAAUUAGCGACUUACCAAAAACUUUUAUCCCCGAGGUUCGAGCGGUGCGGAAGAGCGGGAACUUGGUGUUCUGUGGAGGGCAGGCCCAGCCGUACAACUUGGAGCAGCUAAUGAGGGCGUCGGCGGAAUUGCUGGGGAGGGGCACGGUUGGGACGACAUACAAGGCCGUGCUCGAUAACCAACUGAUCGUGACAGUUAAGAGGCUUGAUGCAAACAAGACGGCCAUUACGAGCAGCCAAAUGUUCGAGCACCACAUGGACGCUGUGGGCGGGCUCCGCCACCCGAAUCUGGUUCCCAUGGGAGCUUACUUCCAGGCCAAGGGGGAGAGGCUCGUGAUCUACGAAUACGAACCAAACGGGAGCCUCUUCAACCUCAUUCACGGAUCAAAAUCAACCAGAGCGAAGCCUCUACACUGGACAUCAUGCUUAAAGAUAGCUGAGGAUGUGGCCCAGGGCCUUACUUACAUCCAUCAAGCUUCAAGGUUGAUCCAUGGCAACCUGAAGUCCUCCAAUGUCCUCCUUGGAGCUGACUUUGAGGCAUGUGUCACAGACUAUUGCCUUGCGGUCCUUGCAGAUUCUUCUUCCAAUGAAAAUCUGGAUUCUGCAGCCUACAAAGCACCUGAGACCCGAAGGUCUAGCAGCCAAGCCACUUUCAAGUCUGAUGUCUUUGCCUUUGGCAUCCUUUUGUUGGAGCUUUUGACCGGUAAACACCCAUCACAACAUCCGUUCCUUGAACCCACAGAGGUGCCUGAUUGGGUCAGAGCAAUGAGGGAAGAUGAUGGUUGUGAAGACAGCAGACUUGGAAUGCUUACAGAGGUUGCUUGUGUCUGUACUUUGACAUCACCAGAACAAAGGCCAGCGAUGUGGCAGGUUUUGAAGAUGAUACUGGAAAUAAAGGAGAGGGUGGUAGUAGAAAAUGCAUCUGUUGGAUUCUCGUAGUUUUUUGUCUGGAUUUACAAGAUUGAGUGAGUGCAAAGAAGAAAAUCGAGGUUCUGGCCGGCGACAACUUGUAUAUUUUGGAACUUGGAAGGGAGGCGAGUAAACACCAAAGAAGGAUUAUAAAAGUGGGAGAUAAGUGUCAUGAACAACUUAUUUAUUGGGCUAAGCUUGGGAGAUUAUAGUAAACCUAUAAAUAGAAUCUCCCACAAUAUAUUUAUUUUUUAUGGUGGAUAAAUCAUGAUUUUAUAUAUAGAAUCUUUGAUAAUAGAAGGUAAUUUCAUUCCCAUUGGCUUACACUUUUGGACGGUUUUUCACUACAACGCCUUUGUACAAAAACUUGCUCAUGAAUAUCAGAGAUAGUAAUGUCCAGAAUCUCUCGACGGUACCAAUGAGGGGUCCUUCUAAUGCCCAAGUCAGCCGUGGUGAUCAAGAGUGGAGGCACUAAAGCCUCUGGAGGAGAAAGAUGGGGGAAGCAUGGGCGAGAGAGAACAGUGCAUGCUGCAGUGUUUGUGUUUGAACUUUUUGGUUGCUCAUGAGCUUGUGUUGUAAUGUUUUUUUAAUUUUAACAUUGGGGUUAGCAUCUUGCCUUUUAGAGAAGGAUGGAUCCUAUCAUCCUAUAUUAAGGUGUUUGUCCGGUCUUAAUUGAUCUUCAUUGGGUUAUUUAUAGUUGAGGCAAAUAGGUUUCUUACAACGAUUCUCUGUACCUACUUGUGUGAAUAAGUUGAAGAUGCACCUAGAUUAAUGGU